UCCUUUUGGACAAAAGUUAAUUAUUUGACUUAAUUGUUCUUUUUUUGUUCAUAAGAAAUUGAAUUUUUUAUAUUUUUUUAAUAAGAGAUGUAUCUGUGAUCUAAAGUAAAAUAUUCUUUGUGAAAUUUGAAGUUUAUAUUAGACUUUUAUCUUCAGUUGUAUUGGUUAGUUUUUGCUUUUUCUCAUUUGGAUUGUUUUUUUUGUAUGUUUUUGUUUUUUAAUCUUCGAUUGUUAAAAUGUCUCUGGUUCCUGAUUAUAUAUUCAUGCAGAAUUUAUACCCUGUUACGUCGACGUGUUUCUUCACUGUUUCCAGUGGAGAUUUUCUGAUCACUGGCGAUGAGAAAGGUAUAAUUAAACUGUGGGAUCUCGUUAGUUACAAGAAGACGCUGUUAUUGGAAGCUCAUGAUACUAGAAUUAUGUCUAUUCAAAGUGAUUCGGAUAGAAAAUUGAUUCUUACACAAUCAAGAGGAGAAAUUAAGAUUUGGAACUACAUGGAAACACAACCGGCAACCUUAGAAUUGACAAAAAUAUACCAAUCAUCUGUUGUCAGUCUAUCGAAUUGUUGUUUACUCUCAAUGAGAACUGGAAACUAUUUACUCGCUUGUUGUUCAACAUCUGAUUCAAAUAUUGCAGAUCUUCAUCACUCUGACAUGGAUUCUGUCAUUCCGAUAACUUCUCAAUCAUCUAAUCAAUUUGGUCUAUUGAUGGUGAUGAAAUUAGUUUAUACCAAAGACCCGAAUCAAGUAGUCUUAUUAACAGGAUAUGAAUCCGGGAUAUUAAAGUGUGAUAAUAUUAAACUGGAUAUAAACGAGAAGAUAAUAAGUGUAAAAGACUGUCACUCAUUGUCUCUGUUCAAUGAUAUGAUUACUUCAAUUGAUUUUGACAGUUUAUCAUCUAAAGGAGUUUGUGGCUCAGUUAAUUCCAAGCUUAUUAUCUUCACUAUAAAUGAUUUAGACUGUGAACAAUUUAAAAUAAAUAUUGUUAAAAGUAUUGACAUUGGUAAUGAAGGAAUAAGUUCAAUAACAAUCCGACCAGAUUAUCGUUUAUUUUGUGUUUCAUGUUGGGAUUCAAGAGUAAAACUUUUCUCAUGGAAAACAUUUAAACUUCUAGCAGUUUUGGACAAACAUAAACAAUCAAUUAAUUCAAUUUCGUUUUCGAAGAAACUUUUAAAUUGUUCGAAAAUGUUAUUAGCAAUUUCAUCUAAAGAUAAAACUGUUUCUUUGUGGUCUCCUUAUAGCGAAAAAAUAAAUAUAACAAGCAAAUAAUUUAAUAAUUGAUUCGAUUUAAUUACAAAUGGUUGAUGAGAUUAAUAAUCAAUUUGGGUUCUUUUUACAUUUUUUGGAGAUUUAGUUAAAUAGUUUUUUGUUGUCUGUGAUUUUCUUGGUGUUUUGUUGUUG